AAAAACAGAAUUCAUCGAAACGCUUAUUUUGUUUAACUAAACAUUUGACACGUGCAGCAAAAAAAUCAUUUAUAAAAAAAUAAAAUCUGCUUUAAAUGAUUUAAUCCUUCGACAUCCGCGUGUCCGGGUGUUAGAUUGUGGGAUUAAAACGUGGAAACGUUCGUGUGGUUCUGGACCGAAGGAGAAGCAGCUGCUGCCCCACAAACCUUCACUGACGAGCCGCCAUGAACGUUCUGCUGACUCGGGGACAAGGGAGCAGAAAACACCUUAAAUCUGUCUAAAAUCACCACCGACGACUCACCUUUAGGUAGAGACAGAGACCCGGGUAAACACCGCGCACCGCUGGGCUACCGCGGGUUAUUUCGGGGCUCUCGAAGUGUGUGUUUUUCGGCCGUAAACCCCGGGGAGUCCGCUCGAAACGAAUCCGACAAAAGGAGCGUCUAGUCCGGUAUGAAACUCCGCCCCGCGCCGCAGGGGGAGGACCUCCGGGAGAAAACAUGAGGAGACAAAGGCGGAGGAUGAAACCAGAGAUACCUCACAUAUAUAGUUAUUAUUUCAUUCUAUGUAUGCAAACAUUCAGUUACUAUGUUAAAAAAUAACUGCGACAGCGUCUUUCUACGGAAACCUACCCGCCAGACUGUCACCUGGUCCGGGUCCAGAUGCUGGAGACCGGCGGUGAGACAGAGGACCGGCGGCUGGAGGCUGUCUCACGGCUCCGAGAGGAGGAACCAGAGAUACCGCGGAGAGGCAUCAGGGCGGCCGGCUGUCAGGUCUCCUCACCCGGCCUGUGGAGGUGUUCAUCAUCAGCGGCUCGGAGCCGGCAUAGGGGGACCAGCAGCCCGCAUCCACAUGACAUCCUGCCCGCUGACAACACACGGAGUACCGGUCUGAUCUGACCCAGUCACCGGUCUGACCUCACCGAGUCACUGGUCCUCUCUCUCUCCUCCACACUGUGAGCUGUGAAGUUAAUCACUGAUCAAUCAAUACAUCCAGCUGUUUGAUACACCUGUCCUCCUCUGGGACCCAGCAGGCUGCAGCAGCGCGUCAUCGCUGCGUGAAAACCACAGAAGAAGACGCGGCAGAAGAAAUGUGUGGACGGACCGAAUGAGCCUGAUUAGCCUGCAGGCUAACUCUCUGUGAUGUGAGGUUUAUAAACUUAACAGUGUGUGACCUGUGUUGACCUCAGCGGGCAUUGCUGGGGGGCGAUGGCUCUGAUUGAAGGAGUAGGAGACGAGGUGACCUUGCUGUUCUGCUCUCUGCUGGUCCUCCUGGUGUUGCUGCUCGCCUGGAUCUCCACCCGCACCUCUGAGCCCCCAGAACACCUGUUCACCUCCACCAUAGGCCCCGUCCCCUCACUUGGGACCAGCCCCGUCCACCAGGACAGCCCCCCCUCUUCAUCCUCCUCACCCUCCAGCUCUGUGAGUGACAGCUCUCUGACAGAAGCUCUGCCCACCAACACCUCCACCCAGGAGGAGAAGGGGGCAGGGAGGCGGGAGGAGGGAGGAGGAGAUGGUAUCAGGAACAGAGAAGGAGGAGGAGGAGGAGGAGAAGACUCUUCAUCCUCUCAGAGGAACAUGGUGGUCAGACUGAAAUUUCUGAACGACACAGAGAGAACAGCUCAGGUCAAACCACAGGACACCAUCGGAUACAUCAAACGGACCUACUUUGCGGGUCAGGAGCAGCAGGUGCGGUUGAUCUAUCAGGGUCAGCUGCUGCAGGACGACGCUCAGACUCUGGCCUCCCUGAACUUGGUUCAUAACUGUGUCCUGCACUGUCACAUCUCACCGCACGCUGGCCGGGGGGCUGCGGGGGGGCCUCGGCCCGUGGACCAGGUGCAGGUGGCUCUGAAUGUGGGCAGCCUGAUGGUCCCCCUGCUGGUCCUCAUGCUGUCGGUGCUCUGGUAUUGUCAGAUCCAGUACAGGCAGUUCUUCACCGCCCCGGCCACCGCCUCGCUGGUCGGCGUCACCAUCUUCCUCAGCCUGGUGGCCUUCGGAGUCUACCGCCGCUAGCUGCUCUCUGAUUGGCUGCUGCCUCUGCCUGUAUGGUGAUGGCAGCAGCCGGGGUGGACCUCUGACCUCAGAGCCAGCCGAGACUUCAAACAGACGCUGAUAGUUAAUUUGUUUUUUCUGUUGCCAUGGAGACAGCGAGUGUUAUGAGGACUUUAAUUAGUUUGUUUUUUAGAUCACGUUUCUCUCUAGGUUUCUCAUCAUCGUGCCUCUUUUACUUUCUGGUUUGUCUGGUUCCUUCUGGUGCUGAAGGUGUCAGACCACUACCAGACUGUAGACCGGACCCGUCUGCCUGCUGGAUGGAAAGUCUUUUGUGUCAAUUACAGCUUUUGAAGAAAGAAAGAAAUUCUAUUAAAUCAUUUAUUUAU